GGUGGGCUUCCCCCCCCGCCCCGGGAUUUGGCUCCACAUCUCCCGGCUGUGAACCUGGGCUUGGUGCUCUGGUCUCCUCAGCUGGGACGCAGUGACCUGGUACUUCGCUAGGCUGCACCUCCGUUCAGCCCUGGAGUUCCUGGAUCUUCUCCCACUCACCAUGAAUACCUCUCAUUCCCUGGAUUCCUUCUUCCCAGGAUUCCUGCAGGGUAAGAAUGGGACCAAUCCAUUAGAUUUCCUCUACAACUUCUCUGAUGGCUGCCAGGAUUCAGUGGACCUGUUGGCCUUCACCAUCACCACCUACAGCAUUGAGACCAUCUUGGGGGUCCUGGGAAACCUCUGCUUGAUAUAUGUGACCACAAGGCAAAAGGAAAAGUCCAAUGUGACCAACUUACUCAUUGCCAACCUGGCUUUCUCUGACUUCCUCAUGUGCCUCAUAUGCCAGCCACUCACAGCCACCUACACCAUCAUGGACUACUGGAUCUUUGGUGAAGUCCUUUGUAAGAUGCUAACUUUCAUCCAGUGUAUGUCGGUAACAGUCUCCAUCUUCUCAUUGGUCCUUGUGGCCUUGGAGAGGCACCAGCUCAUCAUCCAUCCAACGGGCUGGAAGCCCAGCAUUCCCCAGGCCUACCUGGGGAUCGUGGUCAUCUGGUUCGUUUCUUGCUUCCUCUCCUUGCCCUUUCUGGCCAAUAGCAUCCUGAGUGACCUCUUCCACCACAAUCACUCUAAGGCUGUAGAGUUUCUGGAGGACAAGGUGGUCUGCAUUGUAUUCUGGUCCUCAGACCACCACCGACUCAUCUACACCACCUUCCUGCUACUCGUUCAGUACUCUGUCCCUCUGGUCUUCAUCCUGGUCUGCUAUGUGCGCAUCUACCAGCGCCUGCGGAGACAGAGGCGUGCGUUCCACAAGGACACGGGCAGUUCACGAGUCGGGCAGAUGAAGCGGAUCAAUGGCACGCUCGUGGCAAUGGUGGCUGCCUUUGCAGUGCUGUGGCUGCCCCUGCAUGUGUUUAACACUCUGGAGGACUGGUACCAGGAGGCCAUUCCGGCUUGCCAUGGCAACCUCAUCUUCUUGAUAUGCCACAUGCUUGCCAUGGCUUCCACCUGUGUUAACCCUUUAAUCUACGGCUUUCUCAACACCAACUUCAAGAAGGAUAUCAUGGCCCUCGUGCUGACAUGCCGUUGCAGGUCACCCCGAGGGGAGUCUGAGCAUCUGCCCCUGUCCACUGUGCACACAGACCUUUCCAAAGGAUCUGUAAGGCUGGGCAGCAAGUCUAACUUCAUAUAGUCCUGUCUAGGCUUUUCCCUACUGUUUUCUUCUGACAGGUCCUUUCACUUAGCUAAGUUAGACACAUUGCAAACUGGGGUAGCAUCCUGUUGUUUUUGGCUUUGGCAGCCCCGACAGGCUGGCAAGAGACUUGAAGCUUGACAUUCAGAUGGUUUAGCCAUUUGCUUCUGGGAGAGUUUUGAGUCCAGGUUCUACAGAUCACAUACACGGUGAACUUUACAUUUGAGCUUUAGGGUGUUAGAGCCUAGGAUGGCAGACUCUAACAUCUGUUCAGCACAGAUGCCUGACCUAAAAACCUUCAUCCAUGGCCUGAGUUGCCCAGCUAACUUGUCCUGCAACAUAUGCUGUGAUCUUUCCAGGGAUGCUGGGUAUCCCAGGAGCUUUUGGCAGAAGCAGAUCCUAGAAGCAGGCUCAGGGAGUUGGAAGCCCAUACUAAAGUACUUGUUGAAAGGAACAGGGGCAGUAGGAAUGGGCUACCAUGAAUGUGACUGCCUGACCCAUGGAGGUCAAAGUUCAGUGCCCCUCCUGGCUGCUGAACUGAGUUCAGGGGAUCAUCAUGUAUGGAUUAGACAGCUUGUCCUUAGAAAGAAGGACAUGCCAUGAUUGCUCUUGGCCCACAUGGGACAUUGCAGCCCAGUUCUGUCUGUGUGGAGGGACCUUCCAAUGAAGCAAACACACUAGCCCCAUGGGAGACUUGUCCCGCACUGAGCAGUGUCUGAUGGGAGACUUGUCCCGCACUGAGCAGUGUCUGAUGGGAGACUUGUCCCGCACUGAGCAGUGUCUGAUGGGCUUUCUGGCCCGGGUCCCUUACAAGCACAUGUGAACUGAUGCACGGGACAGGUGCUUUUGGCCGCCACUUCUUCCGUCUCGUCUCAGCUUUUGGUCACCCUUCCAGUCUAGCUCCUUGUUCCUUGAUUUUGAGAUUUCUUUUGUUUCGUUUUGUUGAAAUGGGGUCUUACUAUGUAGCCCAGGCUGGCCUAGGGCUCCUGCCAAGUCUCAGCACUGAUUAAAGUGUAAACCAACACACAAAAUGAGAGAUGAGCGAGGCACUCUUGUUCUCUAGUACAGGCUAUUGCUGACUUUCAGGCCUACCCUGGCAACAUGUCAUUGUCCAAAGUGCAUGCACACAUGCGUGUGCGCACACUCACUCACUCACUCACACACACACACACACACACACACACACACAUACACACACACACCAAAUAAAAAGCAGGAGCCUCAGACUUCUCCAGACACUGUUCUGGUGACUGGAACUUAUGCUUUUCAUUAAUUAGGCUCAAUGAGGCUAAGAUGCCAAUGGUUCCAAUAGGAUAUUUAGCGAUGGUGCUAGAAACGGGGAUGCUAUGGAGACGCUCCGCUGAGAGUCUUCUGUUUUCCUCCCCACUUGGUUAGGAUGACCUUAGUCUACCCGGAUGGCUGUUUCCUGAUCCCGGUGUCCUGGUGUCUGAUGGCCCUUGAGAUUUCUUGGUUACCAGCUUCCUUGAUGCUUGCCAAUCCAAGUAUGUUCUGAAGACCAGCAGCCCUUGCACUUGGAGGCUGUUAGAUAUGAAGACUUUGUCGCAGACGUGCUGAAUAUGAAUCUACUUUUGACCGGAAUAUGCAGGUUAAUUGUAGACACACUGAAGUCAGGAAGCUUUGCUCUGGGAAACAGGUCACCCUGGGACUAGGGGUUAUUGGGUGAAAACCUACAAAUGCACACUCUGGCAUCUGGAGUGGAUCCACUGUUGAACUGCUGGAAAGACAUGCUCUGUUUCAGCUGUCGUUGCCCUGGCUGCAUGUGGACAUGUUUCUUGUGACGCUUUUUCAUUAUUCAAUGAAAUAAAUACUUGCCAAAUA